AACGAUUAAAAAAAUAAUGGUGUCGCACCGCCCUUUUAUUUAGCAAUUAGCCAGCAACUACCCCCCCGGUGAUUUUAUACUAGCUUUUGAGAUAAUCGACGCCGUUGCUGAGGCCCACGAAGGAUUUGAAAGAUGUCUCUGGGGGGCUCUCCAGUGACGGUGGUCCAGCUCCCUGGGGGUCAUUUCCAGGUGCAGGGGGUGAUCCAGUCGUCGGUCAUCCAGUCCCCACAGGUGCAGACUGUUCAGGGCCAGGGCUCAGACAGUGACGACUCCCAGGACUCCUCAGACAGUGGAGCCUCCGCCCAGAAGACCAGAGAGAUACUGGCCAGACGGCCCUCCUACAGAAAGAUCCUCAAUGAGCUGUCUGCUGAGGAGGUGGCGUCACGGAACGAGGGAGAGGAUGACAACCCUGCUUCCUCUGGCAUGACCACAGUGACAGUGCCCAACACCCAGACAAUCUACCAGACCAGCAGCGGCCAGUACAUUACCAUCGCCCCUAACGGCACCAUUCAACUGGCUAACCCGGGGUCAGAGAACCUUCAGGGCUUACAGACUCUCACCAUGACCAACUCAGGCCAACAGCAGGGCACCACCAUCCUACAUUAUGCCCAGACGCCCGACGGACAGCAGCUACUCGUGCCCAGCAACCAGGUGGUCGUACAGAGUGCAGGAGGAGAGAUGCAGACGUACCAGAUCCGCACGGCGCCCACAGCGCAACAGACUGUGGUCAUGACUUCCCCUGUAGGAAUGUCUGAGCAGAAGACUGGCGACCCCACCAUGAAGAGAGAGAUCCGACUCGCUAAGAACAGAGAAGCGGCCCGUGAGUGUCGCAGGAAGAAGAAGCAAUAUGUCAAGUGUCUGGAGAACCGUGCGGCCGUGCUGGAGAACCAGAACAAGACUCUCAUUGAGGAACUCAAGACGUUAAAGGACCUGUACCAUGUCAAAACAGGAUAAUCAGGAGGACAAGAGAAGCCGGCCAGCAAGCAAGACUUUUACCGUCAGCGUCCGGCUUUGUUCUGCCACAUGGACAACGCAAGGUUAACCGGGAACACCUUUAAUUUCAGACCUGAAAUCAUCCUCCUCAGUUUGUGUUUUAUACUGUUUGUUUUAACAAACACAGGGCCAUGGCAAGUGUUCCAUAUGAAAGGCAAUGAAAAGAGUGUGAAAGAGAGGUUGUCUGUUUUUAAUCAGAACUCUUUAUUGAGCUAACAGAUUGGAUAACUAAUGCUUAAAUGUUUAUUCGUGUAUAUUUUGUGAGCACAUGGAAGGUGUGAAUUGUGAGCAUAAUCAUUGACAAUCAAUUUCCAAUUGUCCCUCUUUACCAGAAUCCACUCCUUUCUUUUCCUUUCUUUUUUUUAAAGUGUAGCAGUGGGCUCAAUCUUCUGUUUUUAACAUCAAACAAUUAUCAGCUGAGUUUAUUGUUUUGAUGACCUCAUGGUGUGAUUCAUGUGUCUUAUGUGAACCAGCUAUUUUCACCCCACCCCCCUUUUUCCCCCAUGAGGAAAUGUUACAAGUCUCAUUCCUUACCCUUUUAAGUGGUAUUCGAUAAGAUUGUCUUAGUAACAGCUAAUUCAGCCUUACACAAUCUAUCAGGGAGAACACACAAUGUCAGGGUAAUAUUUAUUUUAUAUUUCUGGAGACGGUGGUGGGGGGGGGGGUGACCAAAUCAAAUGAAAAGAGGGAAAGCAAUGUCACUCAUUCUGUAAAUGGAAAUAAAUAUUUUUCCAAAUGUU